AUGCGUAGCCCGGUCAUUGCGUUCACUUUAUUGGCCGCUGCUGCGGUUAGCCCCACCCUCGUCGCUGGUGCGCCGACAUCGCCCAAUCCCAACUCGUCGAUUAGAAACUCAGCGCGCGCCCUCCCUCAACCCCUCGACAAUCUCGCCGGCAGCCCAUCUCUCCCCAAAGGUCACAACCUCAAUGCUGUCCCCAGAGGAGUCCCCGAUCUUCCGGCCCCCGUCAGUGCUCCCAACAUUGAGUCCCUGCCGGUAAUCGGCCAGUCCCAAGGAGGGAAGAAGAACGACAAGCAGCCGACGCCCGAGGCACACCGUGCUGCCGAGCAGCAACUGCACAACCCUUCGCCGUCGACCAUCGAUUCAUACACCUCUCACAGAAAGCGUGCUCAGGACCAGUACACUGCUGGUGGCAACUCGUACUCUGGCGCAACUACCGACACUUCUGGUGGGGAGGUCGUAAACUACAGUAAGGGCGGGGGUGCAGGGGGUGGAGACGGUAUUGUCAAUGAUGGUGACAACACGGGCGGUGACGGUGGUGACGGCUUCAGUGGCUUCUCUUUUGGUGGCGACGGUGACGGAAAGGGUGCUGGAGGUAACGCGUACUCUGGCGCCGUGGGCCCGUCUGAGGGAGGACGCGUCAUCAACAAGAGCGACGAAUUUAUCGAGAACGAGGAACCUAGUUCCUCACGCCCCUUAUCGCCAGACACUGGCGGAACCGGCGGUUUCAACGAAAGCGGUGACGCGCAGGGCGGUGAUGCGUCGAACCCCGUUCUCCCCCCCCGCAAGCGUGCUCAGGACCAGUGGACCGCUGGCGGCAACGCGUACAGUGGAGCGAGCAGCAACGUUGAUGGAGGCGACGUCAUCAACGCCUCUAACGACGACGGCGGGGUUUUCAACGGUGCGCCUAACACGGGCGGAAACGCUGGCGAGACGUUCUCUGGAGAAGCGGACGGCGGCGAUGGCAAUGGCUACGGUCCUGGCGGCAAUGCAUACAGCGGCGCGGCGGGCAGCGCUGUCGGCGGCAGCGUUGUCAACGCUGGCGGAUUCGUCGAGAACGAGGCCCCUCAGACGGGCGGCGCAGGCGGCGUGAGCCAGAGCGGCGACGCCCAGGGUGGUGAUGCCUAA